UUUUCGUCCACUGCAACUAACUCUCUCCCUUCCCAAGUCCGAACGCUCUUCUCUAUCGCGCCUUUCCUCCAUGCAAUUCGCGCUGUCCACACCCGAAAAUUGAUUGGGUAUGGACCAUCAGAAAACGCUCUUCGCUGUAAAUAUACAAAUUAAUAUUUAAUAUUUAUUAUACAAAUUGAUUGGGUAUGGAAGAACACGCUCUUCGAUGUUUCCAAAAAUGGAGGGAGGAGAGAGCAGCAGAGCCAAACCCAUACGCCUUCUCACUCUCUCGGAGCAGUUCCUCUGUCGCCGCAACCUCACUGCCUGCCGGAAGUGCGCUCUCCUCGCUCUCCGCUCCCACCCCGACCUCGCUGAAGCUGACCAGAUUCUAGCCAUCGCCGAAGUGCUCACCGCUUCCGCCGGCGAUCACCCCGACUUGUACGCGGUACUGCAAGUGGAGCCCCCCUGCGACGACACUCGCGUCAUACGAAGCCACUUCAAGAGGCUCGCUCUCCUCUUGAACCCCGCCGAGAACAAGUUCGCCUUCGCCCAGGAAGCCUUCGAUCGAGUCACCUAUGCGUGGUCCGUCUUGUCCUAUCCCGCCAAGAAGGCUCAAUACGAUGCCGAUGCGGAACAGAAACAGACGCCUGACCAAGAAUCUCCUCAGCGAAGCUCCGGAAAAGAGGAAACCGCGCCCUCUGAUGGCGGUUUGGGUGGCGGAACGUUCUGGACGGUGUGUCCGUACUGUUACUAUGUGUAUGAGUACGAUCGGUUUUAUGAAGGGUGUUGCUUGAAGUGUCAAGCUUGUAUGAGGGCAUUUCAUGGGGUUGCUAUAGCAGCACCGCCGCCGACGAUUCCUGGGAAGGAUGAGUACUGCUGCUGUUCCGCAUAUUUCCCGAUGGGGUUCAUUACGCCGGAAGGCAGUGGCGGAGGGAUGGGGAUUCAGGCUGGUUGGCCUUUCUCGCCGAUGUUUUCAAGUCGUCAAGCGGAGGAGGAGGAGGAGGAGGAGGAGGAGGAUUCUCUGAAUGUUAAUUCUGAGAACGUAGAAACCAGGGAAGGGAAGAAGGGGACUGAGAACACGGGAAUGCAUGAGCAUGAAAGAAGGGGUGAAAGGGGAGAAAUGCCCUAUUUUGCGAGGCCUUCUGCGCGGAAUAAGAAAACCGCGGCAAGCUUACGAAGAAAAUAAUGGGGAAAGGAGUUAAGAAACACGAAACCGGAAGAUUGAAUUUGAAUGCGGGCGCAGAGACGGAGUCAGAGACAGAGGAUGGAGAGCCUGGUAUUGAAAGGGGUGGGGGAAUGGAGAGUGAGGAUUUGACCUGGGUGGAUUUUGAGUUUUCUGAUGGAGAUGAUGACAUCUUUGUCAGUGUUGCGGAGUCUCUUGAAGCAGGGUUGAUGACUGGUUAAAGGCUCCUUACUCCUUAGGAUUGGCAUUGGUAACUCUCUCUUGUUUAUAUGUUUCUUGUAGUGGAGGGUGGCCUAAAAUAGUUGAAAACUUGAAAUGUGAUGAAAAGUGGACAGAAUAGUUCUGGACACGAGCUUUUAUGCUACUUUGAUUAAGCUUUUGUUAAGUAUAUAUCACUUUUAAAGCUCUAA